AUGCCUGCCGACCGUGCAGCGGAUGCCGAACUGCUGGAUGGCGUGGUGCUGGAUGACAGCCGCAAUGCCCUGGGCCGCCAGCGCAUCGCGCACAUCCGCGACGAACUGCGCGCCUACGACCGCCAGCACCAGGCACCGCCGCUGACCAAGACGCCGCGCUGCCCACGUCUCCUGAAAGGUCGUUGGUCGCAAUCCCGGAAGUCUACGCGAUCACCACGAUCACUCACCGCCCGUCAGCGAUUCUUCGAUGACGCCGAUCUGGUGGCACUCGCGGUGGCGACGCUGCAGCGCCUCCAGCAGGAGGGCCGAUGUAUCAACCUCGCUUGGGUGGUCAUGCCGGACCACAUUCAUUGGUUGAUGCAGCUUCGCGGAGGAACGCUUGCUGCUUUCGGUGCAGAUCAUGAAAUCCCGGUGCAGUAG